AAUUAAAAUUCUUGUGUAUCUAGCAAAGAGAACUGAAAGUUUUCAAAGUGGUUUGUGCUAAAGAUGUCGAGUAUGGAAGCAAGCAACAUUCUGUUGGAAUUACGUAAUAACAAGCAGCUGUGUGAUGCCGUCAUCAAGGUGGAAAACACGGAGUUUCCGAUUCACCGAAACAUCAUGUCGGCAUGUAGUACCUACUUCAGGACCCUUUUUACGACAGAAGUCGACAAAAAUACACAGAAAGUGGUGAUACCGGGGGUUUCGGCCGACAUCAUGGGUCUCAUAAUCGAUUUUGCUUACAUCGCGGAUGCCGCUGUGACGUCAGAUAACAUUGAACGUCUGCUACCGGUCGCCGAUCAGUUUCACGUUUUAGGCCUCAUGAAACUGUGCUGUAGUUUUCUUGAAUCUCAUCUGACUGCGCCGAACUGUAUCGGUGUUCGUCGAAUUGCAAAAACGUACGGUUGUUCAAACUUAGAAAAGGCUGCCUUUCGAUUUCUUAUGGUCAACUUUGCAGAAGUGAGCGAAAUUAGCGACGAAUUCGUCCAGCUAGGCAUUGAGGAAGUUUGUGACAUCCUGAUUGAUGACAGGUUGAAUGUAAGAAAUGAAGAUUUAGUCUUUAAUGCAGUCUUGAGAUGGAUCGAUUUCGACCCCGAUGUGAGGAAAGAACAUGUCGCUUGCCUGUUGAAAACUGUACGUCUCGGUCUUGUACCGAUCAAAUAUUUCGUAGAAAAGAUCAAAGAUCAUUCAUAUGUUAAGGAUAACGACUCUUGUAAGCCAAUAAUCAUUGAAACACUGAAACAUCUCUACGAUCUAGAGAUGUCGGAAGAUAAAACCAGUGAUGGCAGUUUUCCUUUGGCGAAACCUCGCCUGCCGCACGAGAUUUUGUUCGUGAUCGGGGGAUGGAGUCGUUCGUCUCCUACGAAUAUCGUGGAGACUUACGAUACUCGCGCAGACCGCUGGACGAUCUGCGAUGUUGCCGAUAAAGUUCCAAGAGCGUAUCAUGGAAUGGUGACGUUGAAUCAGCUGAUCUACGUCAUAGGAGGUUUUGAUGGCGUGGAAUACUUCAGCAGUGUGCGAUGCUUUGACCCAAAAACCAAGGAAUGGACCGAAGUGGCACCAAUGAACUCAAAACGGUGUUACGUGAGUACAGCCGUAUUAGGGGACUAUGUUUACGCUCUCGGCGGAUUUAGCGGUCGUUACAGGCUGAACAGCGCGGAGCGAUAUGACCCCGCCAAAAACCAGUGGAGCUUCAUAGAACCGAUGAUUCUGGAGAGAAGCGAUGCUGGCGCCACCUCAGUCAACGGGAAAUUGUAUGUCUGUGGCGGAUUCAAUGGAGGCGAGUGCUUGAACAGCGGCGAAGUCUACGACCCGGAGACCAACCAGUGGACGUUCAUACCGCCGAUGAACAGCAGUCGGAGCGGACUAGGCGUUGUCGCCUAUGAGGGCGAGAUCUACGCCUUAGGCGGGUUUAACGGUGUUGCCCGGAUGAACUCGGCUGAGAAGUAUUGUCCUAGAACCAAUCAGUGGAGACCUAUCGCCGAGUUCUGUAGCCCAAGGAGCAAUUUUGCUGUCAAGGUGAUGGACGGGAUGAUAUUUGCAAUGGGCGGUUUCAAUGGAGUAACCACCAUAUGUGCUGUGGAGUGCUAUGAUCCGAUCUGCGAUGAAUGGUUCGACGCAUCUGAUAUGAUUGUAUACAGAAGUGCACUCAGCGCAUGCGUAGUCAAAGAUUUGCCGAAUGUAGAAUACUAUGCAUAUCAGAGACGAUAGAAUCGAAAAAUUACACUGUUGAAAAAAAAAGAAAUAGAAAAGAAAGGUAGUGUCGUAAUUCUAUGUAAAAAUGAAAAUAAAAUGGAAAA